AUGGUUGGAGACUUUAACUGUCCCCUGCAUACGCAUUUACCCAAUAUCGGUACUGGAUUAGCACCCCACAAACAUUUAGUUCAUCCAGACCAGUCUGAAUUCCAGUCUGUAGUCCAAUCAGAGGGCCUUGUAGCACUUAAUACGUUCGGUGUCAAAGGCAAGCCUGCUGGCACGUAUCUACACUUCGAUGAUCAUGUUGUCCAGAUAGACUUUAUUAUCACCAGACUUCCGUGCCGACAGAGAGCCAAAACGGCUUCAGCCAUCCCCGACGCCGACAUUGUGCACCCCACGGGUCUUCGACAUGCUCCGGUUGCAGCGUACUUGCCAGUUGAGGGCCCUUCCACGCCUCCACAAAAGUCCCAGAAAAUCACCAGGUACCAGGUUCAAGACUUGUUUCAGAAACAGCCGGAAGCGGAAGCCUGGUACAAGCAUCGGGUCCAGACAUUGCUUGCGUCUCACUCUGAUCCAGAGGUUGCACUAGCAAAGGCAUGGAAGGCUUGUGCCCAACAGUUCCCGCUUGGCAAGGCCAGUGCCAAGCCCCGAGCGGAAAUCAAUCUUCAAACCUUUUGGAUAGCUAAGCGUCAGCUCAGAUCGGCGUUGCAAACAGCUAGUCAAUACUGGAGCCCCGUCAUCUGGCACUGCUCGGCCUCUGGCCAAGCGACUUUGCGUGCUCAUUUUCCAGGAGUGAUAUCCCGUCUUUCAGUUUUGCUGCAUGGAUGGAAAGCCUCGGUCAGUUUUGGCCGCCAGAACAGGACUCUGCGUCAACGUGUACUGCAAAAUAAGCGCCAACAGGUGGAUGCCUUAAUCCAAGAUGCACAGCAGACGCCAAUACAAGGCCUCAGUGGUCUUUACCGUCUUUCGCACAAACUGCGGCCAAAGACUCCGCGUCGUUCCAUCCACUUUCGCUACCCAGAUGGAAGCCUCAUGACGGAGGAGGACGAGCUGAAUAGUCUUAAGUCUUAUUUUGCAGACUUGUAUGACUCCGCCAAUAAACCGCAGCAGCUUUGGACCCUGCAUGAGUCAUUUCACAUCACGCGCCAAGAAGUCGCCUCCGCUUUUGGGCACCUUUCUGCUGUGAAAGCGCUCCCUUCGGCGCAUAUGCCGGCCUGCCUCUGGAAAUUGUGUGCUGAGAGCCUCGUCCCCCAAGUUCAAGCUAUUUUCAAUACUGUUCUGCAGCCUGGACCUCUAUGCUUCCCCGCCCACUGGCAUCAGGCUUUCCUGACGCUGAUUCCCAAACCGGGUAAGCAGCCGAAUCGACCCUGUAACCUGAGACCCAUAAGUAUUUUACCCGCCAUGAUGAGCGACUUGCAGCUCCAGGAAGCCUCCGCAGAGCUGGAACAGUUCGGCAAAUACAUGGCCCAAGCCCAGAAUCCACUGCCGACCACGUCACUUCCCUCCACGGGUCCUCCCUCGCUCAGAGAUCCUUCGGAGCUUCAGGAGGCCAAGGAGGACAUGGAGCUGGAGAGGGAGAAGCGCAGUCCACCCAGGGCUGCUCAGGAACCACUUGCAACGAAGUUCGCCAAAGGGGAUGCGAAGGGGGCCCUUCAGGAACACAGAGAAGCCCUCCACACGGGGAAGGGCAACACCGACCCGCAGCUGGACAAGACUGUGGAGCAGGAGACGGGAUUGGGCAAGGACCAGCAGACCGACGACUCCAAAGUCCAAGCAGCACUCCGGCCAACACACCAGCCUCGCCAACAACGGGGCGCAGCAAGACCCAGUGGAUACGGCACGGGCGGCUUCAUGGGGCACUAUGGCACCAAAGACCAAUGGGGCCGCUCUCAGUGGCCUGGCAAAAGGGCAGACAAACCGCGGCGCACAUGGAACUCCGAGGAGGAGUCAAAUCCGGAGGCCCUGAAGGAGAUCAUUCGGAACCUCACUCGGUUGGUCGUCCGUUUGGAAGACACGGUGACGAUCAGCAACCUCGAUCAGGAAUUCGUGAUAUUCCUCCAAUCGGAGGCCUCGGGAAACCAGUGGGCGAUCACUUCGGCGCUGUUCAACACAGCGCAGGAGUGGAAGAAGAAGAAGGAAGGCGAUCCGAGCAGCCUCUCUCAGCCGCUCCGGAAUGUGCUGUUUUUCUGUCUGUGGAAAAGCCUUCACAGCAUGCUCCAGAAGCUAGAGGACCCCGCGCACCAGACCACCUUAGAGAAGGCACGCGAGUUCGGACUGACGGAGAACGACAACUACGUGUACCUGAAGUGGGAUGCGCAGAGCAAACAACAUGUCCGGGACGAUCGUCAGCCUCUCCCGCACACAGAGGCAGUUCAGACGGUGCUGAACAUCCAGCAGCUGUGCACUUUUCCGGACGUCAUCGGCAGGUUUCACGCCAUGCGGCCUCUGGUGGCCAACCACUCGUCAGAGGUAGUGCCAUUUCUGUUAACGAUCCAGAACAGAUCCGUGGCCAGCCAACAGAUGCAUGCCCUGCUCCAUCGUCUCUGUCGCAAUGGAUGCACACACCUAGUUGCGAUGACGAUGCGGCCAGCCAAACUGGGCCGCAGUCCUUUGGCCCAGCAGUUGGAGAAGCAAGUGCAGAACCUUUGA